AUGCCUUCCAAAGCCACACAGGCAUCUCUCUCCGACGUCCGGGGACCAGAUAGCAAGACACUACGAGACAGUACAGAUUUUCCCCUCGACUCAUUAGGAACACCUGCCGAUAUAGAGAGAGAUGCAGGAAUUGAUGAUGGGAAAAAUCCAGACAAGCUCGACUGGGAUGGACCAGACGACCCGGAAAAUCCGCAGAACUGGCCUGCCUAUAAACGGCAUAUGCAAGUUAUUCUCGUCGCUCUGAUCACUCUGGUCAACAAUCUUGCAAUGACCAUGUUCGCGCCUGGUUCUGCUGAAUUAAUGGCUGAGUUCCACUCCACGAGCGAAACCAUUGGCAGUCUCACUGUCUCCAUCUACGUCCUUGGCUUUGUUGUGGGAUCAUCCGUACUGGCACCUCUCUCUGAAAUGUACGGCCGAUUUCCCAUCUACUCCACUUCUGUCUUCUUGUACGCCGCCUUUACGAUUGGUUGUGCCUUUGCCACGAACAUUGGAAGCUUUAUUGCUUUCCGUCUCUUGGCUGGCUGUGCCGGAUCUUGUACGUUGGUGCUUUGUGGUGGCACGCUGGCCGAUGUGAUCGCGAAGGAGAACCAAGGAAGAUGGAUGAGUCUGUUUGUGUUGGGCCCUUUGGCGGGACCCGUUGUUGGACCCAUUGCUGGCGGCUUUGUUGUCCAAAGUAUCGGCUGGCGCUGGAUCUUUCGAAUUAUAUUGAUUGCAUAUGGCAUUAUCAUGGUAUUGUGCAUCAUCUUUCUUCGCGAAACCUAUGGUCCAGUCAUUCUGCGUCGACGAGCUGUGCGUCGAGGCCUCGAUAUAAAAUCUUCUCAAUCCGGUACCUCACUAUCUAAAUUUGCCAACGAUAUCCUGCGUCCGGCGAGACUUCUCAUCUUCUCACCAAUCGUCUUGUUGCUCUCGCUCUAUGCAGCCUUUGCCUUUGGUCUGCAGUUCAUAUUGUUCACGACCUUUACCGACGUUUUCAUGAAUCAAUAUCACUGGUCUGUCGGCAUUUCAGGCCUGGCCUACAUAGGUCUUGGCAUUGGCAUGUUUGGUGCCGUGAUAGUCCAUACUGUUUUUGCCGAAAGAAUUGUGAGGACACGGGCAGCCAAGAACGGGACUUCCAAGCCCGAGGAUCGCCUUCCACUCAUGGCCUACAUGGCACCUGCACUCCCGAUUGGCAUGUUCUGGUACGGCUGGAGCGUCGACAAGAACUUGCACUGGAUCGUCCCCGAACUAGCAACUGCCGUCGUCGGCGUCGGCAUUGUGUUCAUCAUGAUGCCACAGAUGGUCUACCUCGUCCAAGUGUUUGGAGCCGAGGCUGGUGCUUCUGCAUUGGCUGCCAACACAUUUCUUCGGUACAUUGCUGGCGCAUUCCUACCGCUCGCAGGUCCGCCCAUGUACGAAAGACUUGGCCUGGGUUGGGGAAACAGUCUUCUAGGCUUUCUCGGUCUUGCUUUCAUACCCCUUCCCUGGAUUCUCUCCAUCUACGGAGAGCGGUUUCGGUUGAGUGGCAAGGGCAGGAUGUGA